AUGUUGACCCUUUGCACAUGUGAGAGUGCAGCGACUACUAGGCAGUGUAAACAUAAAAUAAAUAAAAACAUUGUAAUUAUCAACCUGAGAAUAAACUAGACAUGAAAAAGAAGCAAGUAGUGACAGAGGACACAGCAGAGAUGAUACCUUCAAACUCCUCCAAUGAGGAGGAUGGAAAUGAGGCUCCUGUUAAAGCCAAAAGGAACAAACUUGAGGAGUCUGCAGGGGAGGAGUUGGUCUAUCACCCAGUGAAGUUGUCCCGGAGUGAUCUGUACAGACCCCCAACAGCAGAGGAGCUCAACCAGCUGAAAGAAACAGAGAGCCUGUUUCAUUGCAGCCUGCUCAAAAUGCAGAUGGAAGAGCUGCUGAAAGAGGUCACUCUAAGUGAGCGGAGGAAACAGCAAAUAGACUCCUUCAUUCAGACUGUCACCGUACUGCUCCAGGCUGUGCCAGAGUCAGCAGAGGUUGAGGUAAGUGACCUGUCAUGGCUGUCUGGUGCACUUAAGGUCCCUUUCCUCUUGGUGCCCAAAAUAACCAAGGGCAAGUUCCACAUGGCACCUCCUGCCUCUAUUGACUUGAUUGGCAGCUAUCCCCUAGGCACCUGCACCAAACCACGCAUUGUGGUGGACCUGGCUGUCACAAUCCCAACUGAGAUUCUCCACCCAAAGGAUGUCACGAAUCAGAGGUAUCCAAGGAAAAGGGCUCUCUACCUGGCAGGUCUGGCCCAGCACCUUACAUCCUCCUCUGACAUUGGGUCCAUGUGUUAUUCCUGUCUCCAUGGGGAUCGACUCCGCCCUGUUCUGCUGCUGACCCCUCAAGGUAAAGACACAUCUAGCUUGACUGUGCGUGUUCAUGCCUGUCCCCCUCCUGGAUUCUUCAAGCCUAGUCGUUUCCAUCCCCAGAGGAAUAAUAUUCGGACAGAAUGGUACACCGGAUUGCAGAGCUCCCUGGCUGAGAACAGCGAACCUCCCACGCCGCAUUACAACAGCUCUGUUCUGGGGGAUUUACUGCCCCGGGCUCACCUCCAGUUUCUUUCAGCUGUCAGCUCUCAGUGCUCAGCUUUUGCAGAUGGGGUGGCUUUACUCAAAGUUUGGCUCCGUCAAAGAGAGCUCGACCAGGGCACUGGUGGUUUUAAUGGCUUUCUGGCAUCAAUGCUGUUGAGUUAUCUGCUGAUGACUCACAGAAUAAGUAACACCAUGACAGCCUAUCAGCUGCUACGAAACAGCUUGAACUUCCUAGCUUCUACAGACCUUACAGUGAAUGGAAUCAGCCUUGCAAGAGAUCCUGACUCUACAGCUCCCUCUGUAUCAGAGUUCCAAAGUGCCUUCCAGGUAGUGUUCGUCGACCCUUCAGGACAUCUCAACAUGUGUGCUGACAUGACUGCUUGCACCUACAAACAGCUGCAGCAUGAGGCAUCUGUGUCGAUGCAGUUCUGGGACGACCCAACAGUGGAUGGGUUCCACAGCCUCCUCAUGACCCCUAAACCCAUGAUAAGGACAAGUGACCAUGUGUUCCAGCUAUGUGAGCUGGCAAAGCUUCAGUCCAGCUGUAAGAAGCUGAAUCUCCUCAGUGAGCUGAUGGAUCACAGUGGAAAUUAUGUCCACACUGCGCUGCCCUUCAUUCUGUCACUGCUACAGCAAGGACUGGGCCAAAGGAUUCAUCUUCUUACCCACUCCCUGUCUCCUGACCCUGAGUGGUCUGUGGAGAGUGAAGCCCCAAAACAUAAAGCCCAACCUCCCCUCUCCUUCGGUUUGCUCUUAAGACCAGAUUUGGCAGUUUCUGUCCUGGAGAGAGGCCCCCCAGCUGACAACCCCAAGGCAGCUGAGUUCCGUCAGCUCUGGGGUUCCCGCUCUGAGCUGCGUCGCUUCCAGGAUGGCGCAAUCACUGAAGCCGUCCUGUGGGAGGGAGAGAGCAUGUGCCAAAAACAAUUGGUCCCAAAACAGAUCAUCACUCACCUGCUACAGCUACAUGCAGAUAUUCCCGAAUCCUCCGUGCGAUACAUGGGGGCGAUGGUUGAUGACGUCAUCAAAACGGGGAGUGAGGUGCCUAGUACUGGGGAGGAAGAGAGCUUACUGGUGGUUCAGUCUUAUGAUGACCUGAGUCGAAAACUGUGGAAGCUGGAGGAUCUGCCUCUCUCCAUCACAUCAGUGCAAGGAGCCCACCCCGCACUUAGAUACACACAGGUCUUCCCCCCUGUGCCUCUGAAACUGGACUAUUCCUUCUUUGACAAAGAAAAGACAUUUAGAUCUUUGGUACCAAAGGAAGAAAAACCCUGCCCUGCAUAUAUCACUCCUAUCACAGUGAUAUGCCACAUGGAGGGGAGUGGAAAGUGGCCGCACGACCGCCUCGCCAUCCGACAUCUCCGAGCUGCCUUUCACAUCCGCCUGGGCGAGUUACUCAAGAAGAACCAUAAUUAUACAUGCAGGCCCUGCCCAACACACCUGGAUGUCUGCAAGGAUGGCUUUGUGUUCCGCAUCCAUGUGGCUUACCAUCGUGAGCCUCAGGUGCUGAGGGAGAGUGUGAAUGCAGAGGGACUGUCGGUUGUAAGGGACAAGGAGGAGGCUCAGGCUCUGGAGAUGUCCACAAUUCACAAGCCUCUACUUACCAGCACAUUGCAUGGGCUUCAGCAGCAACACCAGUGUUUUGGAGCAGUGUGUCGUCUGGCCAAACGCUGGCUUGGGGCUCAGCUCUUCAGUGAAGACUUGACAGAGGACACAGCAGACCUGCUGGUGGCGUCGCUUUUCCUGCGUCCGGCACCCUUUACACCUCCUGGUUCUCCUCAGGUCGGCUUCCUUCGCUUCCUUCAUCUGCUCUCCUCCUUUGACUGGAGGAACAGCCCGCUGGUUGUCAACCUAAACAACCAGAUCACUGCCGCUGACUAUACAGAGAUCAAAAAUGAUUUCAUGGCCUCCAGGGAGUCUCUGCCCGUCAUGUUUAUAGCUACGCCUAAAGAUAAAAAACUAUCUUUGUGGACCAAGAGAGCACCAACUGUACAGAUGCUGCAGCGUGUUGUUAUGAUGGCUGCAGAGAGUCUGAGAGUUCUGGAACAACAACUGAUGGACGGCAGCCAGAUCCAAGAUGUCAGGGUGGUCAUGCGCCCUCCUCUGGAUGCCUACGAUGUGUUGAUCCACCUGAACCCGAAGCAGGUUCCUCUGCUCAGCCACGCAGUUGACCCCCCCACUGUCACCUUCAGCAGGGGUGCCAUGACCGGCUCUGUGCCCCCAUCAGGAGGGGCCCUGCCUGUCAUCGAUUACAACCCUGUGUCCCUUUACCUAGCAGAGCUGAGGGAGGCUUUUGGAGACCUCGCCCUCUUCUUCUGUGAUCCCUAUGGUGGAGCAGUGAUCGCAGUAGUAUGGAAGCCAAAAGCCUUCAGCCCUGCGCCCUUUAAGACGUCACAGGUGUCUGCUCGGAACGUACAGGUGACUGGGGACGAGGCAAAUACCAUUCCCAAUGUUGAAGCAAUUUUGGAGGACUUCCAGGUCAUUGGAAAGGGCUUGGUCAAAUCAGUGGAGGCUAGGACUGAGAAAUGGUCAUUUUAGAUAUGAACAAGUGUACACACCUACUCGCACCACUUCUACCAGCUAAAUUACAUGUAAGCCAAGUGGCAAUUUCAGUGCAGAAGGUCCAUCAGUACCUUUAUUUUUUUUGUAUCUGACAGAUCAAGUGUUAGAUUUUAGAAAUAUUAAGACCUCACAACUCGUGUUUGUUUUGUCGAACCUGUUUGCUGCAUAAUAAAUGCAUUUAACCUUUUGAUUUA